AAUGAACAAUGAAUCUUGUCUGGAUAUGAAUGCUGAAUUAUGGCGUUAUCGACAUGAUCUCACCACGCAGCCAGCCACAAUGGCUGUAUUUGCCAUACUUUAUGCAAUCAUUAUUAUACUAGGAACGUUCGGCAAUCUUUGUGUUAUCUUGGCUAUCGCAAGGACAAGGUCACUGCAAACAGUACCGAAUUUAUUCAUUCUAUCACUGAGUUGUUCAGAUGUGGUCGUAUGCUGCACAUCUGCAACAAUAACACCGAUAACAGCAUUUAAAAAGGAAUGGUUGUUUGGUGCGACGCUUUGCUCAAUCGCACCUUUCAUUGCGGGAAUAUCGCUGUGCUUCUCAACGUUCACAUUGACGGCCAUAUCAGUCGAUCGAUUCCUGCUCAUUUGUUUCCCGAUGAAAAAAGCUUUGACAAGACCGCACGCGCUACUUGUCAUUGUGAGUAUUUGCACAAUGGCUGCUUGCCUUUCUGCACCCAUAAUGCUCAAACAACAUUUGCAAACAUACGAAAAUUUUUGUGGCCAAUUUUGUGCCGAAGAUUGGGGUUCUGAUAUGAGCGGAAGACGUGUGUAUGGUACUGUGAUGGUGUGCGUACAGUUCGUCGCUCCAUUAACCAUUAUUAUUAUCUGCUAUACGGCCAUUGCCGUCAAACUCGGACAGGGGAUGCUAGUCAAAGGAAAAAAGAAUAACUACGAAUGGCAAGUGGAGAUCACUGACCAGCAACGUGCAGCCAUCAAAAGACGACAACGAACGAAUCGUAUGUUGAUUAGCAUGGUUUUGGCGUUCUCAGCAAGUUGGUUAUGGAGUGUGUUGUUUAAUGUGUUACGUGAUUACGAUAGACUGCCAGAAUGGAUGAAAGUGCAGGAGUAUUUCUACGGCAUUGCAACGCACUGCAUAGCCAUGACAUCAACUGUAUGGAAUCCAUUGCUAUACGCUGUGUUAAACCCUCAGCUACGCGCUGCAUUCAUACGCCUCAUGCCAACGUUUUUAACUUCACAAGAUCGACUCGAAAGAUGUGGUGGUUUAAUGAGAAAUGGAACGUUGGCAGACGCGGGUAUCGAUUGUAAAAACGUGACGCAGCAACAAACGAUGAGGCAAGCGAUCAGGUCACCUGAAUCGAAACGGUACGGAACUAUUGCUGAGGUUAGCCUUGUAUCGAGUCGUGCUAGCCUUCAGCACCUCCAUACGGGCACUCAUUCCUCCACUCUAGGGUGCCUCACGCAGUCAUUCUCAUGCAUGCAACUAUGA